UAACAGAGGCAUCAUAUAGUGAGAGCCAAGCAGAGCACCAUGAAGGGUCUCCUCUGUGCCAUUCUUUUUGCCGUCCUUGUGGGCAGCGAGGCCAAAGUCUUCACCAAAUGUGAACUGGCCAAGGUGCUGAAAGCCGGGGGCCUGGACGGGUAUUAUGGAUACAGCCUGGCCAACUGGAUGUGCUUGUCUUACUACGAGAGUCGCUACACCACCAACGCCAUGUACGACAAUGGCUGGAGUCGUGAUUACGGCGUCUUCCAGAUCAACAGUUACUGGUGGUGCAACGAUGGCAAGACCUCCGGAGCCGUGGCAGCCUGUGGCAUCAGCUGUAGCAAUUUAAUGAAUGAUGACAUCACUGAUGACAUCACCUGCGCCAAGAGAGUUGUGCGAGAUCCCAAUGGCAUGGGAGCCUGGGUUGCAUGGAAUAACUACUGCAAGAACAAGGACGUGAGCAGUUUUGUAAGUGGGUGUGUUCUGUGAGGAGGAAGAGGAGUCAACAACAACUCCCUGCACCUCACAUCAUUCAGAUCUUAAUGUCAUUUCUUCAUUAUGUAAUAUAUAAAUGCUGUGAAUCCA